CGUCCGGUCAUCUCCACCGACAGUACCAUCGUUUGUAGGAAAGAUUGAACUGCAUUAACAGCCAUACUGCCUCCAGGUUUAUUUACUCUCAACCUCAAACAUGUCAUUCUGUCAGUUUUUCGGUGGUGAGGUCUACAAGGAUCACUUCAAACCAGGAAUGUAUGUGUGCUCCAAGUGUAACCAUCCACUGUUCUCCAGUCGGUCCAAGUUCGCCCAUUCGUCUCCCUGGCCGGCGUUCACCGACACCAUCAGAGAGGAUAGCGUCACCAAGAUGAUGGAGACGCUCACUGCGUACAAGGUUCUGUGUGGAAAGUGUGGUAACGGGCUGGGUCAUGAGUUUGUAAACGAUGGUCCAGAGGAAGGAAAAUCACGUUUUUGAAUAUUCAGCCACUCUCUCAAGUUUGUCCCUAGCAAAGGCAAGGACAAGCAGUAAAGAGUGAGGUCAGAGUUUUCUCCAGCUGCUGCUCCAGUAUCUGCUGCUCGGUCCAGGAUCAGUGGACAGGUCGGUCAGUGAGUGACGUAGACAGGACAAAAGACCGAGAGGGACAUCCUGUCUGCUGAAGGAUCUUUGACCUGCCCGUGACACAGUGAAAGGACCAUAUUGCAUACAGUGCUGAUAAAAAGUAUUCACCCCUUUGAUGUUUUACCCUUUUAUUUUAUUGAUUUUAAAGCAUGGUCAAUAUAACUUUGCUUAAACAUCCAGUGUGAUGAAUACUUUAUAUAGGCACUAUAUCUGCUAAUAUUCCUUAAAAAAAACUCAUUACAUUCCUUGAAUACCUCAUAUUAAGAACCAUUUGGAUUUUUCUUCAUCUUAAUAAUGUAUAUCAGUAGAUUAUCUUCUACCUUUUACUUGUACUAUCUUCUAUCCAGUGUUUAUUUUAAAAUUAAAGAACCAAUAUUAUUUAUGGUCAUUCUAUUCCAAAGAGUUAAACAUAACCAUGUUACCUAUGCACUGAAGAAGACUGCCUGCUGUUUCCUCAUUUAUAUGCAUGUGUGAUCAUCAGUAUGCAACAACAAAGCAAUAUAGUCUUUCAUUUUUCUUCUUUAUCAUGUACUGUAAAGAAAAUAACUUGAAUGAAUACUUUUUCUUUGAAUUUUGAGUUUGUGUUUUACUGAGUCUGGGUAUCAGUGGUGUUAGGGAAGAACUUUUUCUUGUUAUCAUCAGUUAUAAAUGUAUAAAUUCAAAUACAA